CUCCAGAAAGAGAGAGAGAGAGAGGAGAAGCAACGAAAAUAUGCCCUCAGAUUCACCAUUCUUUCUCCUCCUCUUCUUCUUCUUCGCUCUGCUCUCAAUAGGCUACGCCACAAUCGAGGAAAGAAUUGGAAGUAGAGAGCUACUGGGUCUGAAAGAAACCCCACAUGGAACUAACGCGACCUAUGAAUGCUCUCCUGAUGGCCCCUGCGUUGCUUGCCAAUACUCUGAAAAGAGCAAUGAGAAGUAUCGCUGCAGUGAGACUGGCUAUCGCAUCCCUUUGAAAUGUGUGGAAAUUAAUCAAGGAUUAAAGGAUGUGAAGGCAAAGAAAGACCCUAAGAAGAUUAGAUCAACUCUGGAAAUUUCUCACAACAUCUCAACAUACUAUAAUGCGGAAGAGCUUCGUACUCUUUUAAACCAUAGAAGUUUACUGGAUGCUUCUUCUACAGAAGAGAAUAACCAGCAGGGUUAUAUUACUUACAGAAGCUGUAUACCACCAGUUAAUGAAGAUAAGUUGUCAGUGCUUGGUUUCGAGGUGAUUGUGCUGUGUUUGCUAGUCAUUAGUGGUUCUUUUGUAUACUACAAGAAAAGGCAGACAACUACGAUUGCAGGAUUUUCCCGAAUUCAAAGCAAUGCGAGAUUUUGAUGCAGUUCCUGUGCUGAAUCGGAAGUCCCUCGCUGCCUUCAAUAUCUCUCGUUGUAUGCUCAUUCAGUCAUUCAUGUAUUGAAAUGACUCUGCAGAAUCAGUUCUCUGUAGUGUAAUAUGACUCUUGUUCUUGUUUGGUAUGAAACUGCAGAAAACCUAUCCUUGCUACCCCAAAGUGCAUUUUUCAAUGUGCCUUGAGCCUUGUAAAGUUUGCUGCUCUAAGGGCAAU